UAUGCCCUGUGAAUUGGCUUAUCCAGAUGAGAUGCCCAUUGAGCAAAAGCAACUCUGAAAGCUACAGAUAUGGCGGACAUAGCUAUCCUGGUGGCGGAGGAAUAUGAGAGGAGGAUCAAGAAUGCAAGAAAACUGGGCAGCAGUGAGGGUGAAGUGAUUGAGUUGCUGUCAGUGUUUAAGGGUCAGAAACUUGAAGGCUCAUCUUCCUCUUUGGUGAAGGUGAAGCUCAGUGGUGGAGAGGAGAAGAGGCUGGAGGUGAUGAUGAUGAAGAAGAAGAACAAGGUUUUGCAGCCUCAUUUUGAGGUUGGUGUUGCAGCCAGAAAUGGAUUCUUCUCUGCUUAAUUCAUCACCCAAAUCAAUUUUUUUUCUUUUUUCUUGCCAAGAGUUGUUCAUUGUUUUUAAUUUCUUCUCAAUGUAUCAUGUUAUUUACCUUUGAUGAUGAAAUGUGUAAAUUGGUCUAGUAGCACGAGAUGGCUCUAUCAAAUGUAAGGUUUGAGCCUUAGUGGAGACGGUUAUCGAGUUUGCAUUGUGGAGUUUGAGUAAUAUUUUUUUUUAUAUUAAGUAAAUAUGCAAUCUAUUGGUUAUUGUCUUA